GAGCGCUGCAAACGGAGCAGAGUUACGCGGAUACGGCGGAGCUUAUCCACCGGAGUCUCUCCCAAACUGCAACUCACACUGACACCCAAAUGGAUAUAUUCGUGACUUUGUUUUCAUUCUUCCUUUUUGCCAAACAAGUUUCCGGGUCCGAUCCAGAUUUCCAGCUCGAUAUCAUCAAUGAACUUGAUCAAGCAAACGCCACAUAUGGAAUUACUCAGGUGGCUGGUCUCCACAACGGCAGCAAAGCCUUCCUUUUCAGAGAUGUUGGGAGAGCAGUUCAAGCUCCAGCGCACAUCACAGAGAAAGUCGUGCAACUGUUCAGGAGUAAAACGGAGUUUACCUUCUUGGCCACCAUCCAGCAAAAGUCCUCCACGUCUGGAGUCAUAUUCUCCAUCCACGAGUCAGAACACAGUUACUUUGAGCUGGAGAGCAGCGGGGUGAGAGAGGAGAUUCGUUACCACUACCGCUUCAAAGGCAAGCCUCGAUCUGAGUCCUUCCCGUACCGUCUCGCCGAUGGCCAGUGGCACAAAAUCGCUCUCACUAUCAGCUCCUCACACCUUCUGCUGCAUGUUGACUGUAACAGGAUUUACGAGCGGGUUAUAGACCCUCCUCAGAUGGAGCUCACCCCAGGCAGUGGAGUGUGGCUGGGCCAGCACAGUCACAAGCAUGGCCUUUUCAAGGGCGUUAUUCAAGAUGUGAAGCUGAUCUUUGCGCCGAACAGCUACAUCAGUCAGUGUCCUAACCUUAACCGCACCUGUCCAACCUGCAGUGAUUUCCUGGGCCUGGUACAAGGCAUCAUGGACCUUCAGGAGCUCCUUGCCAAGAUGACUUUAAAGUUGAACUACGCUGAGUCCCGACUGACCCAGUUGGAGGAAUGUCACUGUGAGAAGACCUGCAGUGCCAAUGGUCUGGUUUAUCGGGAUAAAGAGAUGUGGGUGGAGCCCGAGAACUGCAGAAAUUGUGCAUGUAAAAAUGGAGUGGUCGAGUGUCGGAGGAUAUUUUGUCCUCCUGCAAAUUGUUCAGAAGACAUGCUGCCUGUUCAUAUGGAUGGGAGCUGCUGUAAGAAAUGCAGACCAAAAUGUACUUUCAUGGGUCGCGUCUUUUCUGAAGGCCAGCGUUUCUUAUCCCGGAGCUGCAGGGAAUGCAAGAAUGGCAUGCUGCUGAAAGUCUCUGAAACCUGUCCCGAACUCAACUGCACAAUCGGCGAACAGAUUCUACCGGAUGGGAAGUGUUGCAAUGUUUGCCGAGGUUAUGAUUUUUGUGCUGAUGGGCUCUUUUGUGGCGAGAAUUCGGAAUGUAAAAACCGGGAUACUAAAGCCGAAUGUGAAUGCAAGAACGGCUAUGCCUCCAUCCACGGGGACUCCACUUACUGCGAAGACAUCGAUGAGUGUGCGACUCAGAUUCAUUUCUGCCAGUCCAACACUGUGUGUGUCAACCUGCCUGGGAGCCACCGUUGCGACUGCAUGCCUGGCUUCAUCCGAGUGGACGAAUAUUCCUGCACAGAGCAUGACGAGUGCGCCAGCGGCCUGAAUUUAUGUGAUGAAAAUGCCAUCUGCACCAACACCAUCAGAGGACACCUGUGCACCUGCAAGCCAGGCUACGUGGGCAACGGCACCAUCUGCAGAGCGUUCUGUGAGGAGGGAUGUCGAAGUGGUGGCACCUGUGUGUCUCCCAACACGUGCGUGUGUCCUUCAGGCUUCACAGGGCGCCGCUGUGAGACAGAUAUCGACGAGUGUGCAGAAGGUCUGAUCGAGUGUCACAACCACUCCCGGUGUGUCAACCUGCCCGGCUGGUACCACUGUGAAUGCAGAAAUGGUUUCCAUGACAAUGGCUCUUACCAGCUGGAUGGGAGCUCCUGCGUUGACAUUGACGAGUGCAGUUUGCAGACACACACAUGCUGGAAUGACAGUGUGUGUGUGAACCUUCCGGGAGGCUACGACUGUGUGUGCAUCACUGGUCCAGGAUGCAGCGGCGACUGUCCACAGGAAGAGGAAAUCAGGCGCAAUGGAGAGAACUGGAAACCCAGCGAUGACGUUUGUGCCAUCUGCUCUUGCAAGGAGGGGCAGACAUACUGCCGGAGGAGACCAUGCGAUUGCGGAGACCCAGAUGAAGAUCUGUUCUGUUGUCCCAGUUGUGACAACCGGCCCAGCAGCCAGUGUCUGGACCAGAGUGGACGAACCCUGUAUCGCAGUGGAGCGACGUGGCUGUAUGGCUGCCAGCAAUGUCGAUGCAUGGAGGGUGAGGUUGACUGCUGGCCGCUGCCCUGUCCUGUGCUGCUGUGCGAGUACACAGCGAUGGCAGAGGGUGAGUGCUGCCCUCGCUGUGUCGCAGACCCCUGCCUGGCCGACAACAUAUCCUACGAUAUCAGGCGAACAUGCCAGGACCCUGCAGGCAUCGACCGCCUCAGUGGUGACACGUGGCAUAUGUCAAAUUCACCGUGCACAGCCUGCAAGUGCAAGAAUGGGAACGUUUGCUGUUCGGUGGAUCUGGACUGCCUUCAGAACAACUAGAGCUAUCCAGCGGCUCCUCCCCUUCUCGCCCCUGACUCCUCUCUUCACUGCAGGACUGCCACGCCCCUUUCCCCCAACUCUCCCUCCUCUGAAUGAGACAGGCACUCACAUGCGCAUGCCAAUGUGUGCACGCAGAAUAAACACUGGAGAAGA